AUGGAUUUCCCAUUUUUUCAUGGAAAGAUAACAAGAAGAACCUGUGACAGGAAUGGAAAGAAUGGUAGCUAUUUAAUACGAGAGAGUGAAAGCAUGGAAGGAGCCUUGUGUCUCUGUGUUUUCUUUGAAGGAAUCAUCUACACUUACCGUAUCUUCAGGGAACACCAUGGAUAUUUUAGAAUACAGACUUCUGAAGGUGUUCCAGAGAGGCUCUUCAGAACAUUAAAGGACCUAAUAUACACUUAUGAAAAGCCAAAUCAAGGACUAAUAACAAACCUCCACUACCCCGUAAAGAAACCAAAAGCUUUGCAAAGAAGCCAGAGGCUCAAGUCAGGAAAGGAUGACAUUUAUGAUGACAUUGAUGACAGUGAUUAUGUUGCUGUCCUACCCUGA